UUCAAGUUGUGCGUGCAACUUCUGCUCCAAAAUGCCGCUCGAACUGUUCCUUGACCUGCACUCUCAACCAUGUCGGUCCGUCUUCAUAUUCGCCAAGAAAAACAACAUUGCGUUUGAAUUCAAGAAAAUCCACCUAGCUGCAGGAGAGCAGUAUGGCGAGGAGUUUGGCAAGAUCAGCAUCAUGAGAAAAGUCCCUGUGAUGAAAGACGGAGAUUUCAUUCUCACUGAGAGCGUUGCAAUCCUCAAAUACAUGGCUGAGAAGUUCAAGACCCCGGACCAUUGGUACCCAGCUGACCUACAGAGACGUGCCCGUGUGAAUGAGUAUCUGGCGUGGCAGCACUCAGCACUGAGGACUCAUGGUUCAAAGGUCUUUUGGUUCAAGGCCAUGAUUCCCAUCCUCACUGGGGCAGAGGUACCCAAGGAGAAAAUGGACUCUGCCAUGGAAGAUCUCAAUAUGUCUCUGAAGCUCUUCGAAGACAAGUUCCUGCAGGACAGGCCUUUUGUGGCUGGAGAUCAGAUCUCCCUGGCCGACCUGGUGGCCAUUGUGGAAGUCAUGCAGCCCGUCGGCGUUGGCGUGGACGUGUUCAAAGACAGACCGAACCUGAGUGCCUGGAGGGAGCGCGUGAAGAAGGAGCUGGGUACGGCUCUCUUUGAUGAGGCUCACGACGUCAUCAUGAACGUGGGCAACCUGCCCCAGACCUUCAAAGACAACGGCAUGCUGGAGUUCCUCAAACCCAGGAUCCAGAAACUGUUCAACUGACGGGCUGAGCUCCCCCCUCCCUCCGUCCCUCCAUCUAUCUCGCUAUGUAAAAAUUCCGUAUGAAAAUGAAAUAUUUUGUCACAUAUUACAAAAUAUUACAUUGCACUAUCACCAUUAUUACAUU